UCCCUCUCUUGUCCGCUUGCACCUCCAUCUCCAUCUGCGUCUCCCACACCCCUCUCUGCUCGCUGCUCUUCGCGACACCCUCUCUGCCACGCCGCAUCCACGCCGCCGGUCUCCGACUUCGAGCUUCCCCACGCGCGCCGCGUGGCCCGUGCGGAAACGCCGGCUGUCAGUCAGAUCUUGCCCGCUCCCGAUUCCGCUCUCCCCCGCACCGCCCGCCUCGCGCACUCGCCGCUCUCUUCUCUCCUCUCAAUCCUACGCACAAGUGCGCCGCACCGCCGCGCCUGCCGCUCACGCCCAGAGUCUGGCAUCAGGAGAUCCCGCGCGUGCUCGAGCAGUCUUGGCCGCCAGUGCCGCCCGUGCGCCGCUGCCAAGCCGCGCAGCCGGCUGCCCGCUGGGCCGCCCGCAAGUUCUGCUCUCGACACACCUGAACGCUUCUGUCGCAGCAAUGUCUGUCUUCCAGGGCCACGGCUCGCUCGUCGCCUCGCCGCCGAUGAUGUCGCCGACGGCCUGCGUCUCGCCAACUGCCAAGGCGGCUGCGUCGAUGAGCUCGCCGACAUGGCACCUCUCCUCGCACAACAACUGGCCGGCCGAUGCUGCGUCCGAGGCAGAAGCCAGCUCGGCGCCGUCGAGCAGCUGCGCCGACGACAUAACGGCGGGCAGCGUCGCCAGCCUGGCCUCGAGCUCGGCGAGCCAGCAGGACAACAGCAGUCCGCUGACGAGCUCGGCGGAGACCAUGCCGACGCCUGCUCAGGCUGGACUCUCGGCGCGCUGGGACGACAUGUGGGCGGACCUGCGCAGUAACAUGGUCGAUGAGCCCAUGACCGUGCAGACGGACGGCGCGUCGGCGCCGUCGACUGAUGCCGACGCCGAGGGCUCGCCAGAGGUGAUGAACCUUCUCGGUGACGAGCGUGUCGGCUUCGGCAGCGCUGCAUACCACAACGGCCUGCGUCAGGCCUCGUUCAGCAGCGCCAGCGUUCCGCACCAUGGACACGAAGCGCCGCCAGCCGAUGCGGUUCCGUGGGCACGCAUGCCAACGACUGCCUCGCCCGCCGAUGCGUUUCCGCAAGCAUCUGGCUCGUCACCGUCCGCGGUGACUGGCGUUUCUACCGCGCCGAUCUCGAAGAAGAGCCCACCAGCUGCGACACGAAAGGCCAAGACCGGUGGCUCGAAAGGAGCCAAGGCACGCUCUCGAGCGCUCUCUGUCGGCGACCUGGGCGGAAAGGAUGCCGCUGCAAAAGCCAAGCCGCCAGCUGCGGCCGGCCAGCAAAGCCGCAGCACGAGCCCGGUGCUCGUCAAGAAGGUCACAGCAGAGGUGGGCAAGGCGGCCAAGCGCGCCGGUCGAGCACGUCGCGCGACUGCUGGCGAGAAGGAUGCGGAGAAACCCAAGCCGGCAGCAAGCAAGUCUCUCCUGGUCCCGGUCGUCGCUACCACGGUUGAUGAGCCGGUCGUGCCCAAGCAGCACGACACUGACACACUCGCUCAACUGGCUGCACUUCUGCCCGAGAGCACGCUCCGAGUGCUGUGCGCCGAGUCGAGCAAGACGGGCGGGACGACAAUCGACGCGUGCAAGUUCCUGCGCGCCAACACAGCUGCCAACGCUGCCGCAUCGGACAGCAUGGAUGUCGACGCCUCGCCAAAUAGCGCAGCCGUCCGCACCGUCGACGGCUCGCUCAUCGAGGAGCUGCGCCAGCACCCGCUGAGCCGUCGUCUGGCGCUCAAGGCCGCCGUGUCGUACACGCGCGAGCUGCAGGGCUUUGCGCAGAGCACCCUCUCGCACAACAACGUCCUUGUGCGCGAGGUCAAGCAGCUGCGCGAGGCUUUGCAGAUGUCGGCCGGAGCUGCGGCACAGCAGCGCGAUGCGCUGGUGGCGAUGCAGAAUGUGAUGCAGCAGCAGCAACAGCAGCUCCACGCUCAGCACGUCCGGCUGUCCCAACAGCCGCAGCCGCAGCCGACUCUCGCGUCGCCGCCGCCUUCGACGCCCCUGUCGCUUCCGCAGCAGCCGAUGGUAGCGCCGCAUCUCUCGCCGGUACAGCACCAGCACCUGCAGCAUGUGCCUCAGCCUGCGCAUACGUCGCCGCCGGCACCGCCCGUAGGCCUACCGACUCCCAUGUUAGCGCAGCUCGCUGCUCCGCUGCUCGCAGCAUCCACCAGCCAGCAGCAGCAUCCGCAGCAAGACGGCACCGUGGCGGCGCUGUGCGGCAUCAUCGAGUCGCUCAUCACGACGCGCGUGCGCUCCGAGGCAGCAGCGGCAGCAGCAGCGGCAUCCGCUGCGCCCGCUCGCGCGCCCAGCUCUCAGGGCCACGCGGUGUGUAUGCCGCCGCCGAUGCCUUAUCCGCAGCCGCCGGCAAGCAAUGAGCCGCCGCCGCCGACACUUUCCAGCUGGCUGGCGGGCCUGACGGCCGACGAUGCCUCGACGAUGCUGCCGCUCUUCACUCCCGGCCCGCGCGGCCCCACUGCGGCGCAGCUGAGCCCGCAAGAGCAGCAGCCGCCCUCCGCCUCACCUCAGCCGCAGCGGCACAUGCGCACCGCCUCGUCAUCUGCUUGAUCUCCGAGCUACCAGGACUCGUUCCUCCUCUCGCACGGCGGGCUGUCGCCGUCCAGGACUUAGCUCGCAACCAUGUCUCACCGGCGCCCGCAACCACCUCGCAGGGCUCCUGGCGACCACUGCCGCGUAUUUGUACCUCCCCUCACCAUCUCUUUCUCUCUUCAUGCUGCUCUCACAGCCGCUUGCCUUGCUCGCCAGGCCCCUCAGCACCCAGCGGGCCCGGCGGCUCGGCCCAGACAUCCUCGUUCCGCUCUUCACACCUCCCCCUCUGUGCUCUCCGCGCACCAGUCUCGUGCGACUGCCUCUCCUGUACGUGUACUCCACCGACGGUCUGCUCCAGUCACUGUCCAUUGCCGUGUCCAC